UGCAUUUUUUAAGGGAGGCAGCAGUCUACAGUGGCCCUCCACGUGAAGUUACGUUUCCUUGCUUCAGAACACUAAAGAGCAAAAAUUAAUAAAACCAACCCAGCAAUCCACUGAGAGCAAAGAUUAAAGAGGAGUGAGGGGUAGGCAGUAAGUUACCGGGUGCUUCGUGCAGUAGAGACGUUGCCGCUUCUCUUUCUCCCCUAACUUCGCGGACGGGAUUCAACGGUUCCGUUCGUCUCUCGGUAUUUAUUGGGCACCUCCCUACAUAGAAGACUAAGUGCUAGUCACUGGCCUGAAAGCAUGAAAAGAUAGUUUUCCCCUUUUCUUGUCCAAGAUUUUAUUAGGUAAUACAGUAGUAGACUUGUAUAGAAUUUCUAAACAAUUUAAUGUGAAUAGAUUUUUGGAAAGACUUUAACGGUGUAUUGAAAAGUUUUAUGUACUUCCUGUGAACGUUAGUCUCAAGUUACUAUGUAAAUUUUGUGAGCAGGUGUAGUUAAAAGAAAACCUUGUUAGGCACGUGCAAUUCCGUGAAACUGUACACAGGAGUUGGUUACAUAGUUUUCUCUAGGUUGUGCAUGAGCAAAGAAGCAUGUGAGCCAAAAAGUUCAGGAAACACUGCAUGUGUGUCUUUAUCUCCCUCCAUUAAUACGCCCAAACAUGAAGUAUCUGUUUGCUGAGAAAAUACUUCAAUAACCACGGUAUCUCUUAACAAGUGAGGCAUUAUUAUUGUUACUAUUGGGAGAAAAGAGCCAGAGAGUGAGAGAUUCUCCACUCAAAAUAAUUUCUGGGAUUAUUAAGCCCUACACCAGGUUCUGGGGUUCCACUCAGAAUGAGGCAAGUGGAAGAGAGAAAUAAUGCUUCCUCAUGGAUUUUCACAAUACUAGCAAACCUGACCGUUCCACUCCCAGAAAAAGUAGAGCGGAAGUAGAAAUUGGUGGCCUCAGUUACUUGAAGUCCCUCUAACUGAUAAUGUUUCUUUUUAGGGAGCCACAUAGCAAGUAACACACAUCUCUCCAUGUCUUCAGAACGUUGAGGGCAUGUUCCCAACCACUUCACUCGCUCUCCCUUAGUCAGAAAGAAAAGUUGUCCUAAAGGAAUGGGGAGGUUGUUACUCCACCCCACCUUCCUUCAAGCUGAGUCAUUGUCCUCCAACUUGAAUUAAUGCCUCACAUGUGGGUUGAAGCUUUGAGAGAAGCAGCAACUGCUGUUGAGCAAGAGAAAGAAAUCCUUCUGGAAAUGAUCCACAGUAUCCAAAAUAGCCAGGACAUGAGGCAGAUCAGUGACGGAGAAAGAGAAGAAUUAAAUCUGACUGCAAACCGUUUGAUGGGAAGAACUCUCACUGUUGAAGUGUCAGUAGAAACAAUUAGAAACCCCCAGCAGCAAGAAUCCCUAAAGCAUGCCACAAGGAUUAUUGAUGAGGUGGUCAGUAAGUUUCUGGAUGAUUUGGGAAACGCCAAGAGUCAUUUGAUGUCACUCUACAGUGCGUGUUCAUCUGAGGUGCCACAUGGGCCAGUUGAUCAGAAGUUUCAAUCCAUAGUAAUUGGCUGUGCUCUUGAAGACCAGAAGAAAAUUAAGAGAAGAUUAGAGACUCUGCUUAGAAAUAUUGAAAACUCUGACAAGGCCAUCAAGCUAUUAGAGCAUUCUAAAGGAGCUGGUUCCAAAACUCUGCAACAAAAUGCUGAAAGCAGAUUCAAUUAGUCUUCAGACCCAAGAGCAUUUACACAAUACACAAGGUGUAAACAUGAUAAAGUACUAUUUUAAUUGAUAACUAGUUCUUUAUGUUAGGUAUAAUCACUUAGUUGACACUGACAGUUGUUUCAGAUGAGGAAAAUAUUCCAUCAAGUAUCUUCAGUUUUGUGAAAACAAAACUAGCAAUAUUUUAAUUAUCUAUCCAGAGAUUUUUUAGAUUGAAUUCUUGUCUCGUACUAGGAUCUAGUAUAUUUCACUAUUCUGUGGUACAAUAGUUUGUGGAGAAAACGUGUUCAGCUAGGGGCAAAAGCAUCACUGCUCUUUCCUGUGCUUUGGCAUGGAAUCACACAGUCACCUUGGGCAUUUAGUUGACUAGAAAUUCUUUACCUUAAGCAGCACAUACAUUUACUACACACACAGUGUUAACAAAGCACUGUGCUUAGAGGGAUAAAAAGGAAUCACAAAACAAGAAUCUUUCCAAAGUUGUCUCAUUCAGCAAUGUUAAGGCAUCUGUAUCAAAUUAUUUUGGAUGUAAAGAUUCCUGUGUCUCAUAAUAUGAAUGUAUUUUUUGAUAUACAAGAAACUAUGACAUUAAAUGUGAGAAAACCACCUAUAUUUACCACUGUGAACAAUUAUAUAUCUGCUUCAUCUUUUCUCAAAUGCAUCAAUUCUCUAAAAUUCCUAUAUUGUAACUUGCCUUUUUUUAAAAAAGUUAGAUGCUGAUAUAAAGUCUGCUUAAUUGUCAACUUAAUGAGCUCUAUUUUGUGUAGUUAUAUCUUUAUUUAUCCAUUCCUCUCUUAUGGACAUUUAGGUUGUUUCCAACUUGUUGCUAUUACUGCAACAUAUUUUUGUACACAGGACUUUUUCCUUCUUUCAUUUUUGAUUUUCUCUGUAUAAAGGCACAGCAGUGAAUUAUAUUGGGUCAGAGUAUAGACGUUUUCAUGGCCUCACACAUUAAAAUUUUUUUGUACAAAGGUUAUAGCAAUUUAUACUUUUUCAGUAAUUAAAAUAUAGCUAUUUCACUGAAA